UAUAACACAAAUAAACACACUGGGACCUUUCCAGCUGAUGUCCGCAUUUUUAUCAUGAACCAACGACUGGUUCAUGCAUUUUUAUCACUAAAACCAUGGUAACUAGAACCAUCCUUCAAUGCUUUUAUUAGUUAAGUGAAGUGAUGUAUGCACAUUUUAAGAUUGAUAAAAUACCCAAGUUAAUUAUAAAAUAAAUAGCACAAGGCGUCAUCAUGUACACCAGCAUGUCAGAACACAACCGUUUGGUAAAUCAGUACCUUAAAGUGUUUUUUGUAGUUGCUCUCUAUUGGACGGUCUCCAUAUGUACUGUUUUUAUGAAUAAACUACUAUUGAGCAGUGACACUGUAAAUUUGGAUGCUCCUCUGUUUAUAUGUUGGUUUCAGUGCCUCCUUACUGCGGCGUUGUGCGCCUUUUUGAGCUAUCUGGGGCGACGCUAUCCAAGUGUAAUCACAUUUCCAGUAGGCAAUCCUUUUGAUGUGGACAUCUUUCGCAAGAUCUUGCCGUUAUCCAUUUUGUUCACUUUGAUGGUUGCUACGAAUAAUUUAUGCCUUAAAUACGUUGGAGUAGCAUUUUAUUAUGUUGGCCGAUCCUUAACAACAGUUUUCAAUGUAGUACUUACGUAUUUAUUGCUGCGACAGAAAACGAGCUUCAAGGCAAUCAUUUGUUGCGUUUUUGUAGUAUUUGGCUUCUUAUUAGGUGUAGACCAAGAGAGCCUUACAGAACAGUUCUCCCUUCGUGGUACAUUGUAUGGAGUUUUGGGCUCACUAAUAUUGGCGUGGUAUUCUAUCCAAACCAAGAAAGCUUUAGUACAUGUACAUCAAGAAGUUUUGCUACUAAGCUACUAUAAUAAUGUCUAUUCCAGCUUCUUUUUCUUGCCUUUAAUCGUAAUAAAUUGUGAAGUAAGUGCUAUCUUAAAGUAUGAGCACCUCUUUGCACCUUGGUUUAUAAGCGCUAUGGUUAUUGGUGGAUUAUGCGGCUUUGCCAUUGGAUUUGUCACAGUUCUGCAAAUAAAGGUAACAUCUCCGUUGACGCACAAUAUAUCUGGAACAGCAAAGGCCUGCGCACAGACUGUGAUCGCCACACAGUGGUAUAAUGACACUAAAACAGCAUUGUGGUGGGCAUCAAAUGCGACUGUCUUAUUGGCAAGUGCCGCUUAUACGCGCGUCAAACAACUGGAAAUGCAAAGGCAACAUGAACGUAGCAGUACAACACAAAAGGCUUAGCAAUAAACUAUUGACCAAUUAUUUUUAUAAUUUUAAGCAUACGCAUGCAAGCACACGCGUCCGUAAAAUACAAUCGACAAAAUUUUUAAAUACG